GAAGACUUCCAGUUCUUGAAGUUUUCCAGCUGUGAACAGAAGACUCUGCUCUCUGCAAAUAUUCCAAACAUAUCUUUGGAGUGCUUGAAGAAGGUCAGAUCAGAAAAUUUGCUGACCAACAGCAGGACCGUGCUCAUGCGACAAGAUGAUUGCUGGCUCGUGCUGCAACUCUGUCUCGCACAGUAUUACAAAGAGAAAUGGGGAGAGUUCAAGGCCCCAGUCAGUGAUUUGUUGGACUUCCUGCAAGAGGUAGAUAGGAGGAAGCGAGGGAUCAUCAUUUCUCAUGACAGUGGUCUCAUGGAAAUGCAUGAUGACCUGUAUAAGCGAUACGAGGAGUUCCUGCAUGCAUCCAAUGUUACUGAUAUUUUUAGCAUUUGCCAUCUUGCAAAGGAAACAUUCAGGGAUAAAGGCCUAAGUUUGUUGUUCAAAGAAGACAAAAAAAUCUGUCUGUUGGGUAUGCCAAGCCCACACGAGGUGGAAUUGGCUCGUUGCAUGUUCGAGCAUGCAGUGCAGGAGGUAUACGUUACCCGAUUUGACGAAUUGGAAGAAUCGGACCUAGAGACCAAGUGCAUGUCUUGGGAUGCGUUUAUAUCAAAGGCCUCGAGCAAAGGCAGCCCAAAGUCCUCAGCGUCUCGAGUUCACACCCAGAAACUCGUCUUCUCGUACCUGAGACUCCUGGUCAAUUCGCGGGAUGAGAUCGCCCUGGCGACUCUUCUCAGCAGCCCUGGCUUCCAGGUCACUCAAGAAGGUUUCAUAUCCAUCAAGAGGGUAGCCAAGAAUAAGAACAUGCCAAUGUUUCAGACAAUCACAUCGCACAUCAUGCGAAUUCGACUCGGCAGCAAAGGCUACGCUCCCGACAAAGAUUGUCCACUCCAGGCUCAUCUGAAACCGCUCUCAGAUUUUAUUUCCUUCUUUGAGACCUUGCAACUUGUCAUUGAGGAGGAACCUGAUCCAAUCAAAGCUGUGAACCAGCUGCUGAGAAAGGUCCAGGGGAGCCUGGUGAAGUCAAUGGGACCCAGGUUUCGAGUCACAGUGGAAAGCGUGAUCGAAGACCUGAAAUCACAGCUCAUAUUGCUCAUGAGGGAUGUGACCCAGGCUGGAGGCAAAGAGUCACCAAGGAGCAUCUCAGAUGGAGCAACUAUUGCAGGCAGACUAACCCUGAAGAUUAAACUCUUCUGGUCGUAUUCUGAAAUUCACCUCAAUGAACAGGUGUUGAGGGCUCUUGUGGACAUCCUGAGCUGUGAGCCAUCUCCUCUUUCCUUGCUGCAGUCCCUUGAUGAACUGAAGUCCACACAGAGCACUCCGAUCCGGCCCUCUCUCCUUUCGUGGUUCAGGUCUCCAGAGGAAGAGCAAGACCAAGAGGAGAACAACACAGUGGAGGUGGAUGAGAUGAGCCUCCCCCUCAGAGAGAGGCUGGAGAAGCGCUUCCCCGGCUCUCGACCUGAUUCCAACCCCUUUCCCAGGUCCAAGUCAUGCAUGGAUUGGGCGUCGCCGUCGGCGCUGAUGCCACUGGAGAACCUCCCGUCGCCCGGCCCGAGCACUCCCGUCAGGGCUCCGCCGCUCAAGCUGGGAGGGAAGAGAAGCCUGGAAGCGGAAGACGAGGAAGAGAGCAGGAAGGAGAACGACGAGGAUGCGAGGUGCAAGGGCCGUCGAUCCCUCAUUCGGGAGUACUCCAGUGCGGAUGAUCCGGAGGUCGCGGGCGAUAAGGCGAGGAAGAGGAAAGCCCCAGAGAAGAGCAAGAAGAAGGGGAAGCAGGAUGCUCCGCUGACAAAGGGGCAGACGACUCUCAUGCGGUUUUUCAGUACCCAGAGUGAAAUGGCUCAGAGUAAACUAAACGAUUGGGCCAGCAAGUUCACAAAAGGUGGAGGACCCCCAAGAGGUGUGGGAACAGGAAUCAAGUUACUUGCUGUUUUUGGUGCUGCAGCUUAUGGUGUUUCUCAGUCCUUCUACACUGUGGAGGGAGGUCACCGAGCAAUCAUCUUCAGUCGUCUCCAUGGAGUUCAGAACGACAUCUUUGCUGAGGGACUCCACUUCAGAAUACCCUGGUUUCAGUAUCCCAUUAUCUAUGAUAUACGAGCCAAGCCGAGGAAGAUCUCUUCACCGACGGGGAGCAAGGAUCUUCAAAUGGUGAAUAUCUCUUUGCGAGUGUUGGCCCGACCAAAGGCCAGUGCUCUGCCUAUUAUGUAUCGCCAGCUUGGUCUGGAUUAUGAUGAACGGGUACUCCCCUCCAUCACGAAUGAGGUUCUCAAAAGUGUGGUUGCCAAGUUCAAUGCUUCUCAACUCAUCACUCAGAGGCAGCAGGUGUCCUUGUUGAUCCGAAGGGACUUGAUUGAGAGAGCAAAAGAUUUCAACAUCAUCCUUGAUGAUGUGUCCAUCACUGACCUUACUUUUGGCAAGGAAUACACCCAAGCUGUGGAAGCCAAGCAGAUUGCGCAACAAGAAGCACAGAGAGCAGCCUUUGUUGUGGAAAAGGCCUAUCAGGAACGACAGCAGAAGAUUGUUCAAGCAGAAGGAGAAGCGCAAGCUGCCAAAAUGAUAUCCUUUUAG